GAUGCACAUGCAGUUAUCGCAGUUCGUGGUUGCGCGAUCGCGAGGACGGUCGAGGAUUUUCGUCGUCACUUCGCUCACGGUUCUCAUUCGCGAAUAAGAAGAAGAAGAAUAAGAAGAAGAAAGGAAAACGAUAUAUAAAUUAGGGAAAUAGAUAGAGAAGGAAGUGGAAAGAGGAGGUGUUGAAGUUAAGACGAAGAUAGAACGAAUAUUGGGAGGAGGAUUGUGCAACGGGGGAGUCAAUAGUGUAAUAAAAGGGCGGAGAUUACGCAUUAAGACAACUUUAAAAUGUUCUCCGGCUUGACUAACCAAGUUUCUACUUGGAUGGGAAAGAAAGCUGACGAAGUUCCCGAACUUCCACAGGAGGAAAAGGUUCCUCCCGUUGAAGGAGAACUCGUCGAGGGCGAGAAAAAAGAUAGUCCCACAAAAGGCAGCAAGUUCGAUAUGCUCGUUGGUGUUAAAUCUCAAAUGACUGGGUGGCUCAGCGGUGGUAUUCCAGGAUUAAGUCGUGGUGGACCAAAUGACGGUAAUUCUCAAGUACCACCAACGGAAACAAAUGAAAUUCAAAAUGUUCAGGAUCCCCAGGAGACCACGACAGAACAAACGAAGGACGACGAUGCUAGCAGAUGGCCUAGCGCAACUGGAGGAGCAGAUAGUGGUCCUGGUAGUCUAGGAGGGACACCAACCGAUGACAAGGAAGGACAACAACCUUUUGGUGCUGUCUCGACAAAAGCACUGGCAGGCGCGAAAAGCCUCGGAGGAUUUUUAUACAGCGCUGUUAACAAAGCUGGCAAAACAGUCGUCGAGGCAAGCGUGAAAAUCAAGAAGACGGUGGAAGAAAACAGACUGAUUGCCGAAUUAAAUAAAGAACAAGAGGCUUUCAUCGCGAGUAAGCAAAAUGGAAAAGGUGAAGCAGUUGCACCAUGGGUUGGAGCACCAAACGAGGACGUAUUACGCGAAGAAUGUUUAUCUCUUUCUACGGAACGUCGUAAUUUCACGAGAGCACCACCACCCGACGUUGAAUUCGCUUGGGAUUUCGAGGCCAUUCAGCCUGUAGCAAGAGCCACCCUUGCCCUGGAUCCUAAUCUCGAAAAGAUGAGAUACGAGUUGGUCCCGAAAGUAAAUGACCGCUGGCCAGGAAGCCACGAGCAACACGAUGACGAGGGGAAAUAACAACACCUUAGCCGAUUCACCAGGUCACGAAUUCGUUUCCGAUAGUAUGAGGGUCUCGGAUACGGACCUUGAGGAAGUACGAGAAGGCAUGAAAAAGCUGGGAAUGCAACCAUCAAAAGAAGAAGAUUGGGAACGAGAAUUGGAAGCCGAGCUGAAGGAUUACGAAUUUGUCUCGAGUGGCCAUGAUAAAAACAACGCCUUGAUAAACGACGUUAUCGGUGAUAAGGAGGACUGGGAAAAGCAGAUCGACGAGAUACUCAACGACGACGAGAAGAAUUAUUCUGUUACCGGUUGAAAUCCGAUAAAUAAUUCCUUGUGCUAUCGAUUAAAAAAAAAAAA